AUGGGCCCUCCUUUCAGAACGAGACCGCACCUAACUCAACAUCCGCCAUCAUUCUCGCAUCUUUCUUGGUCCGGGCUAGGCGCUGGCGCUGUUGAUAUCAAGCGCCUCAGAGUCGGGCUUGUUAGGGAAGGCAAGACUACUAUGAUUAAUACGAGUGAUUUGAAACAUCUACACUGGACUCCUUAUCAGCAGUUCAAGCGCCACGCUGCUUCAGGUUGUGACAAGCAGACUGCAGAUCUAAUCGGUAUUGGAACGAUGUCGGGCUCUGGACGCAACGAUCAAGGUGAAAAUGCUAGAGUUGGAUCGUCACUAUGA